UUUUUGCGUGGAUGUAACAACAAAUUAACCAUUCAACCGUGUGCGGAAUUAACCGAAUCAAUCCUUGGAAUCGGCUACGGCUUCUUGCUGUUCGUUUCCAACGGUCACUGAAUCUUGAUGAACACGAAGGGUGAUUACUGCUGACACGAGGACGAAACGUAACGCAAUGCGCUCGGUCGGUUCGCCCACGACGACGGCGACGACGAUGACGACGUCGGCGGCGGCGAUGGAAGACCGGGACGAGCAAACUAGUGUGCAGGACGACGCUACGGACGACCGGUGGUUGCGACGGCGGCGACGACACGAAGAUGACAUAAAUUGGAAAAUGUCAGCUCAGCAACAGGUGACACCGGAUCGUACGACGGGCACGGUCGCCGACGGUUCUGACCAAGCGCCACCAUCAACAGUCCCAUCGUCGGUGGCCGUUGAUGGUGAGAAUAAUCCAAUUAAAUCGUUGCGGCGGCAACGACGGGUUGAGGGAACGAAUGAAUGCCCCGUUGCCACCGCCACCACUACCGUUACAUCAAUCACAGCUUCUACGGUGCCAAUUGUUGGCAUGGACACGGGACAGUGGUCGGCACGAUUGAGCCACGAUGGGGAAGAUGGCGAGCAGCCGGCCGUCCUGGCUGCUGACACAAUGGUACAGAUCAAGGAAUGUGGUGUCGUUGUAGGUGAUCCGAUGGGGAGUGGGGAUGAGCUUAGUAAAAAUAGCACCGGACUAGAUACCGCUAAUAACAAUCGACUGGAUCAGCAGCUCACCGUUACGGACGUCGUCAAUGAGCUGGAGGACGCAUUGGAGCGAAAGCGUCACAACACCGUCAAUGCACGCCGACGAUGGAAACUGCUCGCGAAGGCACUCCGGCACGAUUCGAGUGAGGACGACCAGUUCUCCAAGUUUAAUCUGAUCGAGGCUGAUCGUGCUGGUGAUGAAAAGGACGAGAAUGUGUACGUUUAUCGGCUGUACGAUCGGUACCGGUUGAAGAUUCGGUUGAUCGGCCCAGAGCGUCCUUGGACCGCCAGUGAACUGAUUGGGUUCAACAAUACUGGCAAUAUCUGCGUUUGGCCAUCAGAAGAAGCCCUAGCGUACUAUAUCCUUUCUCGACUUUCUCAAUUUGAUGGAACGUCUGUUCUGGAGCUUGGAGGUGGGAUGACUUGUCUAGCAGGACUGAUCCUUGCAAAGUAUGGGCAACCCGCCUUUGUACAUGUGACCGAUGGGAAUGAGCUGUCGGUCGAGAACGUACGCAAAUCGCUCGUACUAAACAAAUUUAACUGUACGAUCAAAUCUUCCGUGCUGAAGUGGGAACAGACAGGCAGAGAUCCCGGUCAGGACACUGGAGAGCGGUACCACUUUAUCCUUUCCGCUGACUGUCUAUUCUUCGACGAGUCUCGAUCGCAGUUAAUCGAUACGAUCUUUCAACUGCUAGCGGACGAAGGUGUCGCCCUCAUAACGGCACCACGCCGCGGCCAAACGUUGACCCUCUUCCUAAAUGAAUGCGUUGCCCGUGGCUUCCACUAUGAGCUACUACAGUGCUACAACGAAGCUAUCUGGGCACGACAUCUUGAGCUGAAGCAGACCGAUGGCUACGACGAGAACGUUCACUAUCCAUUACUGGUGAAGAUGUACAAAUAUGGCGCGGGCAGUGUACUGCAUCGGUUGUGA